CUUGCCGAUCCGAUAUUUCAUCCAUCUCCCUCGUAAAUUCUCGAUAGGCCAAAAGAUUGACAACAAAAGGCAUUAUUUUGAGGAACAUUGUUGUUUCAAAUGAUUCUGUAUAAAUAAGUGUUGUGUCUCGGGAGCCUGUAUUAGUGAUUUACACAGUGGAGGAAAAAAUAUGAAGAGGCGGAAUGCCGAAAGUGGCAAAUUGCGGCGCCCUUUAAAGCGCACAAAAAUCACCGAAGGAAUGUACGGAAACUCGCUCCUGUAUCUGAAGUUCGUGAUGCUGUGGGCCACAGUUGUGCUGGCAGAUUACAUGCUGGAGUUCAGAUUCGAAUUCCUCUGGCCGUUCUGGAUGAUGCUCCGAUCUGUUUAUGACUCAUUCAAGUACCAGGGACUUGCAUUCUCAGUAUUCUUCAUCUGCAUUGCGCUCACGUCUGACAUGAUAUGUUUCUUCUUCAUACCGCUGCAGUAUAUAUUCUUCGCGGCAAGCACAUAUGUGUGGGUGCAAUAUGUCUGGUAUUCAUUUGCAGAAAAAGGCAUAUGCCUGCCCACAGUAGUGGUGUGCUGCUUCCUAGUGUACGUAGAAGGGGCGCUCCGGUCGGAGCGGACAGUCAGCAUGGAGCUGACGCGGCCGCUCGCGGCGCACUGCGUGGGCUACCCCGCCGUCACGCUCGGGGCGAGCGUCAAGGCGCACAUACAGCGAAGGCUGCGGCUGCGGAGGCAGCGGCAGGUUCGGCAGGAGAAUGAGUUCUACUUCCAGCUCAUGAGGGACGCGCUCCCUGAAAGUGCUUUGGAGCAGAACCAGCCGUCGAAAGACGGUGCGCCGGCGGAGUGUGCGGCGCCGGGGGCGGGGGCGGGUGCGGGUGCGGGGGCGGGGGCGGGGGCGCCCACCCCGUCGACGGCGACGGACGCGCGGCACCUCAACGGCUCGCUCAAGAAGCGACAGCCGAACGGCACCGCCGACCCCGCGCUGCAUGCCAAGUUAGAUAAGCUAGAGAAGCCCACGGCCAACGGGCGCGCGCACGCGCUCAGCAACGGGCAAGCUGGUAUCGACGACGACCACAGUAAAGGUGGUACAAAACCGUCGAAGUGUGAAAAGAAAGAGGCCAGUACAUUAAAAGAAGAAAAGAAAAGGAGUAGAAAUAAGGAUAAGGAUAGCAGCGAUAGUCAUAAGAGUACAGAACAGAUAAAAGAACAAAUAGUUAAAGAAAAAGAAGUAGAAAGUACAAAAGAAACGAGAAGUAACAAGGAGUGCAAUAGCAACAAGGAGAAAGAGAAGGCACUAGAAAAGGAGCGGGAGAGAGAGACGAGAGAGCGGGACAAGGAACGCGAGAGGGAGAGAGAGCGAGAACGCGAAUUGCGCGAAGCUCGCGAAUACGCCGAAGAGAUAAAGCGACUGAAAGCCGAGCUGGCAACGUCGCGCAACAACGAGGCGGAAGCGCGGCGCGCGCUGGCCGCCGCCGCCGCCGCGGAGCGGCAACGUCGCACCGAACAUACACAGCUUAAGCAACAGCAUCAAGCGUUGCAACAUAAAAUAGCGACGUGGCGCACGCACGAGCGAGCAACUCUCGAGCGACGGCUCGGCGAGGAGCGGCGCGCGCGCACCGCCGCCGAGCACCAGCUGCAGCGGGCCAAGCGACAACCACAACACAACAGUACAAGCAACAACAACAAUCAGUCGGGCUGCGACAACGAGUGGUGCCGCGCGGCUGUUCGUUGUGGAGAGGCUGAAGCCUCGGCGCUCCGCCGCGAGCUUGCGAGAGCGAGACAACACGCCACAGACCAGGCCCGGGCCCUCGAGUCCCGCUCGCCGGCGCCGCCCGCGUCCGCGUCCGCGUCCGCGUCCGCGCCCGCCCCCGCCCCCGCCUCCGCUCCUGAAGGCGGCGCGCGCCUCGCCGCCGCCUGUGCCGCGCUGUCCGAGCGCUCGACGCACUUGCAGCGCGCGCUCAGCGCCGAGACGAGGGUCAAGCUGGAUCUGUUGCAGGCGCUGGGCGACGCUAAGCGACACAUGCAUAUACAGGAGGGCUUAAUAUCGCGCCAAGAAAAAGAAAUCGAAGAACUGAAAGCUCAAAUGCUCGCCGUGAUGCCCACCGAGUUUGUGCAGGCCGCGGGCGCCGGCGUCAGCAAGCUGCGCCUCACGGACGGCUCCCCGCUCGACCCCAACGCGUCCGUGUACACGCCCAAGCAGCUGUGCUCGGAUGCCUAAACUGGACUGGACUGGACUCAAUGAUGAAAGGUUUGGUAAUAAUUCUCCCCAGUAUGAAGUUGGACAAACAUUUCGCAUUUUUUUUUUCGAGAUAUUUCUCCGCGCUCCGGCGUUCUAAUUUGUCAAAACAUUAUCUGAACUUAGUGUAUUUAUUAGUUUUUAAAAGCUUUUAUUUAACUUGCAAUGUAGCUAUGUUUGUACGGGUCAAAUCUUGCAAGUUAAAUUUGACUUGCUUCCCGGUUUUCCGAUGAAGCUGAAAAUUUGCAUACAUAUGUAAGUCGGGUGACAAUGCAAUAUCAUGGUACCAUCGAGCUGAUCUGAUGAUGGAGACGGGAGGUGGCCAUAGGAACUCUGUGAUAAAACAACAAUACCUAAUUGUGUUUGGGGUUUUCAAAAUUCUCUCGAUGAAUUAGUUGCCUGUGGUAAGAAAAGUACAGUCAGCAAUAAAAGCUUGUACCAAGUGAAAUUUUUAACAAAAAAAAUUAUUAACCAUUAAUCUCUUAUGAAUUUUGACCCAUUGAUUUGAUGGUUUUAAGUUCAUUUUUUGCAUCCAUACUAGGGCAGGUAUCCUUUUAUGUAAAAAUCUUUCGGUUAACACAUUCGCGGACACGAAUGCUAUAGCAGGUGCGUAGUUUUUUGUUUCCUUUGCCCUAUGACACAUGACGUCACUAGGUACAUUUUUUGGUCUAAUUUCAAGUUACAAAACUACACAAAUGUCAAGGGUAUAAAUUAGAAAAAUCCAUCUGAAAUCCAAAAGUCCAAAUAUUAAUGGAUCUGAAGCUUCUAAUUUAUGUCCUACAUAUAGUGGAAGGGAGAAUUAUUGUUAAGAGUAAGGACCUCAUUGAUUAAGAUAUAAAGAGCUAAACAUAAGUCGGUAAAUUACCUUAGCGUUUUAGGGGCAGUCCGAGUGACAGCUUUUGUGUUUGACACGGCGUCGAAAUGGGGUCAUCCAUAAAUAACAUCACACGAAUUUCGUGAUUUUUUGACCCCUCCCCGCCUUCUUGUCACACCUGGUCACAUUUGGCAGCCCCCUCCCCCCUGGUGUGACGUCACAUAUUUGGCAAUUUUGUUUUCAACGAAAUCAGCAAAUCGAAUGAAGUAUUUUAAGAUAAAUAUUUUUAAAAAUAGCAAUAUUAUGACACGAAACCGAUUAGGAAUAAAAUUUUACAAAUAAAAACGAUAUAUUAUCUUUUCAAAAACUAGCCUAUUUAUUUGUACCGCGAAUACUAAAAAAUCAAAACAAUUUUUGGCUACAAGUGAAGUUAAAGUGACGUCACAAAAU